GAAUCAUGCCGUUAGUCAAGAGGAAUAUAGAACCCAGGCAUCUAUGCCGCGGAACAAUACCAGAUGGAAUUACCAGUGAAUUGGAAUGUGUUACCAAUAGCACUCUUGCUGCUAUCAUCCGACAGCUGAGUAGUCUAAGCAAACAUGCUGAAGACAUAUUUGGUGAGUUGUUUAACGAGGCGAAUGUUUUUUACAUCAGAGCAAAUUCUCUUCAAGACCGAAUUGAUCGCCUUGCUGUCAAAGUCACCCAGCUGGAUUCAACAGUGGAAGAGGUUUCAUUACAAGAUAUUAACAUGAAGAAGGCUUUCAAAAGUUCUACCACACAAGACCAGCAAGUGGUUUCACAGAGCAGUGUUCCAAAUCCUGUUAGAGACAUAUAUAACACCAGUGAUAAACCUCCUCCCUUGAACAUAUUGUCACCAUACAGAGAUGAUAAAAAAGAUGGAUUAAAGUUUUACACGGAUCCCUCUUACUUCUUUGACCUUUGGAAAGAAAAAAUGCUUCAGGAUACUGAAGAUAAAAGAAAAGAGAAAAGAAAGCAGAAGGAACAAAAGCGAGUAGAUGGCACAACUCGUGAGGUGAAAAAGGUUAGAAAAGCCAGGAACAGACGACAGGAAUGGAACAUUAUGCAGUAUGAUAAAGAGCUUAGACCUGACAACAGGUUGUCUCCUAAUGUCUACCAAGUCGCCUCUUCCGAGGGAUCACUAUCCCCUGAUACUAGAUCUCAUGUGUCCGAUGUUACAGAGUAUUCCUAUCCUGCAACUCCAAACCACUCACUUCACCAGCCUCCCACAACACCUACGUAUGUUGGAUCAGGAGAUUCGCAUCAUCACAGCUCCAGUCAGAUCAUUGAACAUGAUUACAGAUUAUCAUCUGGAACACUAAGACAUGGUACCUUAAGUAGACCUCAGCAGCCCCCUCCGCCCCCUCCACCAGCUGUGGAUGGACCUCAUUCAGUCCAUCUGGUAUCCUCUGAGUGCAGGAGAGUGCUACAAACUCAGAUGAUGGAAUUCUAUCCUCCAGGAUCGCCUCCCCCACCUCCUCCUGUUAUUCCCUCGGCUCAGACUGCUUUUGUUAGUCCUCUUCAGCAUCCUGUACCUUCUUCACCUGCAGCACAAAUCUCCAAUUCUUUAUAUGCACCAUCUCCCACUCCUAGUGGGCAUCUUAAUCUCCUUUCAUUGUUACAUGGUCCACCACCUCCUCCUGCAGGACCCCCGGCAUCUAUCUUAUCUCUCACCUCUUCCCCGGUACAUUUCACCAGAUUGAUAGAAGCCAAACGUCAUGAUGCAGCACAUACACUUGGACUGAGCAGUGAUGCCCGUAGUGAUCUCCUUUCUGCCAUUCGUAUGG